CAGACGAUGUUGAUCAAUUGUCACGUGAUCAUCCAAAGUUUAAAGCAUGUCAAAGACUAAGACUUGUCAUGCGCAUGCGGUUGCUAUCAACAACAAUAACCUACUUCCGAUUGCAUCUGCAUUUUGAAAAAGUUAAGUGAAACCGUGAUUUUCCCCCUCGUUGUGAUAUUUAACUACCUAAAAUGCCUACAAAUCCAGACGAACCUUACUAUUGUUCACAGCAAAUAAACAUUCCACCAUCAUUACCCGAUAUUCUGAAACAGUUCACCAAAGCUGCGAUUCGCACUCAACCAAAAGAUGUCUUGGCAUGGUCAGCUGCAUAUUUCAAAGACAUGGCGAAAGGAGAGACACCACCCGUGAAAGAGAGGCUUGAAAUGCCUGUUGCCACACAGAAAACUGAUACCGGUCUCACACCAGGUCUUUUGAGAGUGUUAAAUAAACAGCUUGGACCAAAGAAGACGGUAUCAUUAAACUUAAUUCAGGAGAAAUGGGCUGAUGUGGCACUCCCCAAAGAACAGUUUGAUGACCUGGUCAGAAUAGGCAGUUUUGGAGGCGAGGUUGAAUGGAAUAAAUUUUUUGCCCUUUGUGCAUCAGCACUUGGUGAGAACAUUACAGAUGCCAUGAAAACAAUCUGCGAGAUUUUAACGGCAGAUCCUGAAGGCGGUCCCUCUAGAAUUCCAUUUCCAUUGUUUAAGGAUCUAUACACCUACCUAGCUCAGAUUGAUGGUGAAAUCUCACAGCAACAAAUCAAUGAAGUCUGUAAUUACCUUAAAUAUCAUGUAGAUAAACAGGAUGGGUAUGUCCAGCCUCGGAACUUUCUUGGAGCAGAGUGUCCAAAAUUAUCGAAUCACUGAAGUUCAAAAUAUGAUAUUUUCUCAAUCAUUAUUGUUACUUAAACCAUUCUUUACAAUGCAUCACAAAGGAAAAGGUGAAUGCUAAAAUUUUAGUGUUCAAAAGUUUACAAACAGUCACAUGUGAAUUACAGACCACUGGAACCAUGAUGGACAAUUCUGUUUCGUUGUAGAGAACAUUUCUCUCUAAUAUUUUCUAUACAGUAAUUGAUAUACAGUGUAUUUAAAAUGUUGUAUAUAAUGUUUAUGUAUAUGCAAUAAAAUUCAAGUUUCCGACUUUAGAAA